AUGUUCCAGGUGGGGAAUUGGACAAAAAAAUGCAGCGCUAGCCCCCGCCGCAAGCAGGCGCAGCCAAGCUCCCGCAAAGCCAAAGUCGCCGCCACCGUCGAGACUGUCUGUCAUACUACUCGACCAAGGAAUGUUGACAGUCUACAAACGGCUGUUCACAGUUUGCUUAACACUCAACAUCCUCGCUUUAGUCCUCGCCGCCACCGGAAACUUCCCUUACGCGAGAAACUGAGCUGCUCUGUUUCCAAUAGCCAACAUCUUUGCUCUAACUCUCUGCCGGAGCGAGGCCUUUCUCCGGAUCGUAUUCUGGCUCGCCGUGAAACUUCUGGGGACUUCGUUUCUUCAGAGCUUGGGAGGAAUCCACAGCAGCUGCGGGGUUUCCUCUGUUUCCUAGCUCGUCUAUGCUCUGUUUCUCACCGUGAAAAACAGAGCCGACACUUCCUCUGA